GAUGGGAGCUUGGUCAAGUCUGUUAAGACGCUAUUGUCUUCGACUGGGAAAUUGGACAAGUCGCUAAAGAUUCAAAAGAGUGCAGCUGGCUUUAUCGUCCCAACUUUGUAUGAAUCACUAGAUCAAUUAGACAAUGAGAUACGGAAUAAUAAUAAGAUACGACCACAAUUGGUGGAAAGAGUGGUUAAGGAUGUGGAAACAAGCAAUGUAAUCGAAAAUUCAGUUUUAAAGUACCUUAAGGGAAUAAAGAUAUCAAGUCAAGAGUCCAACAUUUUGUUAUCAAAAAUACCUAAAAAGUACACAUUAUAUCCACCAUUACUUUUGAUAAACAAUCAAGAUACAUUUGAAUCACAAGAAUGGGAAGCCCACUUUAGAUUAUACCCUUCAGAAGAAUUUUAUAAACAACUACUUGCAAACUUUCCACAAAUAACGCACAUUGCAAUUAACAAACCAAUCAUUGAGCAAGAUGUCAUGAGAAGACCAUUCAAUAUUUCACCACUAUUUGGAGAUUUUGGCCCCGAACCAACCUCAGAAAUGUUCGAUAACCCAACCGAGAAAGACUUUGAAGAUGCUUUUUGGUGUACCGUUGUUCAGAAUGGGAUAUACCAAACUUGGGCUCCAAGAUACACCAUGUUUAGUCGAGGAAACAUUAAGGAAAAAGCCAGGGUUUUGUCAUUUAAAGAUGUAAAGAAUACAACAGUUGUCGAUAUGUAUGCUGGAAUUGGAUAUUUUACAUUAAGUUAUUUGAAACUAGGUGCCAAAGUAUUUUGUUUUGAGAUUAACCCAUGGAGUAUUCAAGGUUUGAUACGUGGUGUUGCAAAGAAUGGUUUCAGUUAUAAAGUUGUUUCAAGAAAUGAAGAAAUUGAAUGGGAUGAUAGUGUUCAAUGUUGGAUUUUCAAUGAGAGUAAUGAGUUUGUUAAUGAGAGAUUGUGUCAAACUAAUCAACAUUUUAAUAUCAGUCAUGUGAAUAUGGGGUUAUUACCAUCUUCUAGACAAAGUUGGCAGCACACUUUAACUUUGGUCAAUACAUUCUCCACCACCAAUACCACAAUCCAUAUUCAUGAGAAUGAAUCUGUUGAUAACUUGCCCACAUUCAUGAACUUGACAGCUGUGGAACUAACAAAUUUAGCACUUGAUGACAAAACCGAACACAACAUGAAUAUUAUCCCACUUCACCUGGAGAAAAUUAAGACUUUUGCACCUGGAAUAUGGCAUAUCUGUGCAGACUUCAAACUA